CGAGCUGUGGCAAUGGCUUAGAACCAUCCCUAUCAUAACCUGUAGAACGACCUUCUUUUGAAAGACACUCUAUCUGCGAUUCGUUACCCAUUGAGCCUGCUUUCACUUCAUACUUUCCACCUUCUUUGAAUACUCUUUUGAAUCAACAUGGCAGUAUCUCUAGCCACCACAAAGGAGAUAGUCACUCUGGGAAAGGAAGAGGUCGAGCCUGAAUCGCCUCCACUUGCUUCCGCAAUUCAGGACAAUUUAGAAACACCCCACAGAAGUCGAUAUCCAAUAAGCUUUUACAGGAGUACGCUGUUCCAGAUUCUUGUCGUUGGGAUCUGUGCAUUUUGUGCACCCGGAAUAUGGAGUGCUAUGAAUGGACUCGGUGUUGGCGGUUCUCAGUCUCCAAAUCUCGUCAACGCAGCCAAUGCAUUGCUCUACGCCUUCAUGACAGUCACUUGCUUCGCUGGGCCUUGGCUGACGAAUAUCAUCGGAUUUCGUUGGACCCUGGCAGUCGGAUCUCUUGGAUACCCCCUUUACGCCGCUAGACUGUAUGUAAAUAAUCGUCAGGGUGUUACUUGGUUUGUAUACUUCGGCGCCCGUGGAGUCGCAAUUGCCACUGGAUAUCCCGAGCAACACAAACGAGGUCGUUAUGUUGCAACAUGGUUUACAUUCCGUAACUUUGGAAACAUUGUUGGAGGUGCAGUUGCACUUGGAAUUAAUCACAGAGCCAAUCAUCAGGGGAAAGUCGGAUAUCAAACUUAUCUCGGAUUCAUUGCCAUUCAAUGUCUUGGAUUCUUCCUUGGGUUACUCCUUUCCAACCCCGAGAAAGUCCAGCGCGACGAUGGUACCCAGAUACAAGCGCCGAGGGGCAUUGCCUGGCGCGCUGAGGCAAAGGAGAUGUGGCGCCUUGCAAGGAGCAAGUCAAUCGUCCUCUUGAUUCCGCUCUUUUGGUACUUUGGCUGGAUGCAAGCAUACCCAGGCACAUACUUGGCAACAUACUUUACUGUCCGCUCUCGUGCAUUGGCGAGCUUUCUGUCAGCAGUCGUUGGGACGUUCGCUACCUGGCUUGCCGGCUCACUUGUUGAUCUUCCUUGGACGAAAAAGCGGCAAACUCGAGCCAUUGCAACCUACAUUCUGAUAGCUGCACUCAAUAGCGCAACAUGGAUAUGGGCAGUGAUCAUUCAAGAUGAGUACAGACACACAAAGCCAUCAUUGGAUUGGAGUGAUCAGAGAGCGUUCAGCAGGGGAUUUGGGGUCUACAUGCUUGAGCGAAUCAGCCUUGGAAUGGUAGAGAAUUUCAUCUAUUGGUGCAUUAGCAAUCUAUCAGACUCGCCAGGAGAUCAAAUCCGAUAUAGCUCUUUACUUCGAGGUAUUGAAACUGCUGGUGUGGCAGUAGGGUUCGGUGUUCAGGCCGUACCCACUGCUCUAAUUGCAACUGCAAGUAUCAAUUUCGGUUUCUGGUUCUUCGCACUACCAUUUGGCUACUAUGCCACCUUGCAAGUUGUCCGGAAGUUUGAUAAUCUUGAUCAGAAGCGCGAGACGAGAGAAUAG